GGACGACCGACGACGACGACGACGUAGACGAGACGAGUAGCGUAUAGCGCUCGAUGAUUUUAUUAUCGCCGUACAUUAUACGAUCCCUCGUCGAGGUUACAGUCGAUCGGUCGUGUCCGAAUUUGAUGUGAUAGUAACGAAAUUUCCACGCAAAACAAACAAAUAUAGCUAAUAAUAUUAAUACAAAUAAUAAUAAUAAUAAUAAAUCCGCCGUCCGAAUUUCACGUGUCUCCGAUGUCCAUCGUCGUGCGUCUCGCGGUCACUCGUUUUUCAUAUAAACGCGCGUUUUAACGCGAGUCGAAUAAUUAGCGUUUUUUUCUUUUUGUUUUUUUGACUCUUUCCGAACAAUUUCCCGGACGUUUCAUCCGGUGUCAUGUACCGCCCGGACAGCGAUAAUCGAAUAAUGUACCGCCUGUUGCAGGCGCUUUUCGCAGUUUACUGUUUGGCUCAGGUGGCCCGCAUGUCGUCCGCCGACAACGUGAAUUCCAGCGAGUUUGAUAAAUGCGACAAGGUCAUCCCCCAGAGCAGCAUCAAAAUGAGCAAGGUACGUAGCAAUACGAACGACGACAGUCGCGCAGGAGUUUGAAAUAUUUGUUUCGUGCAAAAAAAGGCCGAAUCCGGUACACAAAAGUAAUUAAUUUGUCUGUAUCUUCGGCGAAAAAUGAAUUAGAUAUCUAUCUAAAUCUGAAUGAAGAAUAUAAAUUAAUUUUAGAAAAAAAAAUUGUUAGCUAAAUCAUCUACUUAAUGUUAUACUAGGCCAGUUUUAUUAAACAACGAAUGAGUUUGCACAUGGAUUACAUUUAAAUAACAUAACAUUAUAAAUAUAACUUGCCAAAUCAAAAAAUAGCAAGAGAGUAUCAAGUAAUCAAGUCCUUAUUUUUUUUAUUUCGUUCGAUAUCGGCUGUAUAAAGUCAUCCUUAGAUAUCAAGAGUUUUUUAAUCAAUGAAGCAUGAUACAAUAUUCACUUCUUCUUUUUCUUACCUACACAAUUGGACUUUUUUUGUAAUAUUUAAAUUUUUGGUGGAAAUUCAUAAGUUUUUUUCAGAUUCUCAUUUAAUUACAUGAUAUUUUGUCACCAGAGUUACAAGAGUAACAUUAUUGAUAGAUCUUUAUCAAUACGUCUAAAAGUGUCGGCGUAUAGACGAUUCUAUAAGCGUUUAUCUUCCCCUCUCUUCCAAAUAGGAUUUAUAUAGAUUUUUAUUUUCCUCAUAAUUAUCGUAAUUAGCACCUUAUAAAAACCUAUAUAAUAUCUAUAUUACAAAUUCCAGUGCUCUAAUUCGAUUGUAAGUAUCUUUUAUUUUGUAUCUUGGACAAUAUUCCACCUAGACGUAUGAAAUUUGGAAUACUGUUUUAUUUUUUGAUAAUUUUAACUCCCAUGAAGGAUCCAGUUUUGUAAUAUAACCUACCUCGAAAUGGUUCACACACAUUUUGAAAAGUGACCGGACAUUUUCUAGGACACUAUCCUGAAUUCAAUUAAGUUUUAACCGUCACAUUAUUAUAAUCUCCUUGUAAACAUACUGCAGCUGCAAGUCUACGACAAAUUUCAACUUUACUGAGUUAGAUAUACGUUUUUGCCUCUAAUAUUUAAAUGAUUUAAUAGGUAUAAUGGCAUUAACCUACGUAUAUAAAUUAUGAAGUUGUCCAAUCGUCAAACACUUAAUAACAUCUAUUUUUAGGAUGGAAUUAACCAAUUGAUAUCAUAAAUUGCAGAAAUUUAAAAUUUUCACGGAUAAUAAUUUAAAAUUUAAAUAUAUAGAACAUAAGUAGGUAGUACACAUAGGUGUAUAAAUUCAAAAAUUUUUAUUAUAACUAAAUAUUAAGUUAAUAGGGUUAAUUUAUUUUAAUUAAAUAGUUUUUAUAAUUGUACCACGUCCUACAUGGCUACAUACACAAAAAUCAUAUUAUGACUGCAACUAUACAAGGAGUCCCACGAUGAAACUUUUAAUAACUUUUAUUCAAUUUAAUAUUUUUAAUGUAAAUAUGUUUAAACAAUUAGUGUGCUCCUGCACUAUCACUACAAUUAAUAAAUAUAUUUCGUUUUUUUUUUUCGAGGAAUUUAUAAUUUUACUAUAAUUUAAAAUAGUAAUUUUGUAAAAUAGACUUUUAGACAAUUAUACUAUUUAUGAUACUAAUUAUGAUUAAAUGUAUAGAAAAAAAUACUUUGAUUUUUUUACACGAUACAAAUUAUCAAAUCAUCUGUACACGACGAUUAACUAUAGCUAAUAAAAUCGAUUCUGAGCGUAGUUCAGUUAAUAGUGUUGCUAUAUAAUAUUUACAAAUUAUGUCAUAAUAUUUACGAAUUUCAUCAAAAUUUGUAUAAAAAAAAAAACUAUAUAAAACUCAAUUUUUUUUUUAACUGCAAAGAACGGCUUAGAAUGAACCUUCUCAUAAAUUGUCCAGCAUUUCUGUUCGGUCUAACAAUUUCACCGAGUAUCUAUCGAAAAAAAUAAAGUAGAACAGAAUAGAGCAAAUAAAUCCAUUUAAAUAUUUUGGAAGCAUAAUAAGCAAUGAUAGAAGAUCAGAAAAGGAAACAAAAUGUAGGAUAGCGUAGACACAAAAGACUUUACUUAAGAGUAAAUUACUAACAACUGAAAAAUGUAGUUCUAAGAAUAAAAAAAAAACGUUUAAUUAAAACGUAAGUAUGGAAUAAAGCACUAUAUGCAGAUAAUAAAUCAUGAACGCUGAUUAGGUUUAAUCAUGGUCGUUGAACAAAAUUCAUGAAGCCAAAUUAAUAUUUUAAACUGAAUCACAACAAAUAACACAAUUGAAAAUAAAAAAAAUCAUUAUUUUCUUAAUAAUAAUUUUCCCGUUUUUCUUAUGUUUCCACCAAGUUUUUUCAAUAUAUUAAGAAAAACGCUAGGAAAAUCAAAAAAUAACCUUUUAAAGUAGCAUCAACAUAAUAUUUCCUUUGAAAAACAGUGCCACGCGUACAUAUCGGAGCAAGAUUACUGGUAGAAAUUUUUGUCAUCGUGUAAAUAAAAAAAUGAAAAAAAAAACAUUUUUGUAAAAUCAUUACAUUCUUCGCUACAAUCAGAAUCUAAAAAACUAUGUCAAAUAAUGUAUUGAUUAUAUCUAUAAUAUCUACUGCUGGACUAAUGACUAUGCCAAAUGCAAUUGUAAAUCUACUUCUCCCAGAGGGGGAGGGGGCAACAACCCAAUCAGCCUCCCUCAGGGACGUGCCUGCGCUUUUCCUAAGUUUUUCCCCGGUUUUACCCAUUUAAUAUGGAAACAAAUAAGAUAAUCAAAAAAUUACCUCCGUGAAGUAACAGUUUAGUCAUAUUUUGUUUUAGAAAAGGUACUAUACUACAAAAUUAGAGCAAACUUGCUGAUAGAAAAAUUGUCUACAGAAAAAUAAAUCAUUGUAAAACCAAUACAUUUCUCUCUCCGUUUAAAAUAUAACAUUUGCUAAAAAUAAUAUAAUCAUAUUGUAUUGAUUUUCCCGUUCUACCUGGUUUCCCUUCCUGUUUUUCUGGUUUUUCACAUUUGCUAGGAGAACUCCUGGAAAAAUCUAAAAAUGGCUUACAUGUUGCUACACUUAAAAAUCUGAGCAAGAUGUCUGGUAGAAAAGUUGUCCACAGAAAAAAAAACAAAACAAAACAUCUUUGUGAAACCAUAAGCUUCUUCGCUCCACUCAGAAUCUAAAAAUUCAAUAGUAUACUUUAUUUGAGUACGCGUUAUUAGUAGACGAUACACUGGACUAUUAGUGAACAAAUUAUUUUUAGACUGAGGUACACAUAGCAAGGCGAUGAUUAUGCCAAAAGUUUAAGAUGGAAGACAAUUUUGUUUGUAAAAUGCAUAAAACGAAUAUUUUAUUUAUACAUUUAAUUAUAAAUAAACAAACUCAAUUAUGAGGCUUGCACAGUUCUAAAUGACCAUGCAGAAAACAUAAGAAAAAAAUAUCAAAAUAAUGUAACCACGAAGCUACUUUGCCGUAAAUAUUAAUCAAUUUAAAUUGUUUGAUUUUUCCCAAUUACUACGAAAACGACAUUGGAUAUCGAAUAACGACUUACUCUGUCAGCAGUGAAAUAUUAAUUGAAACAAAAAUUUUCUUUAAUAAUAUUUAUUUAAUAUUUUUCGGUUUUUCCCAUUUAUUAUGAAAACUGGUAGGAAAAUAAAAAAAUUAACUCAGUCUUAUUAGGUAAUUAAAAUUUACCCAGUCAGAUUUCCUAUUAGAAAAGGUGCUAUCAUUGUAAAUCGGAGCAAAAUUGCUGUCUGAAAAGUUGUCCACUGAAAAACAAAUAUAAACAUCAUCGAAGAAGCUUAUAGUUUUACAUAAGCUUCUUCGCUCCACUUAGAAUAUUAAAACUCGGAUCAUAGUAAAACCUAUAGGUCCUUUGUUACACUCCGAAUCUAAAUAACCAAUACAAUUGGUAAAUACUUGUAAAACCAAUACAUUCUUCAAUACAUAGAGAAACGUUUUAUUUGUGUAAAAUAGUCGUAUCGUCUGUAUUAAAGAAACGACGACAACAAAAUAAUAUAUCCAUCUAAUAAUAUUUUAGCAAUAAAACAUAGUUGAAUCUUUUAGUAACUACAAUAAUUCUUGUUCCGUUCACGUUUAUUAACGUCAAGUGGCUACAAUUAGCGUAAGUCAUUAUAUAUGCAUAAGCAAUAUUUAAAAAGAAAUAUAUUUUUCGUUUAUGUUCGUUAGUAGUUAUAACAAUAUUAUAAUAGUAUUAUAAUAGUAGUAGGGUCCUCCGUAACCAUUUAUUUAAUCGAUUGGUUGAAAAAAAUUAAACUGUAUUGUAUUGAAAACGAAUUAGUUUUAUUUAAAACACCUUGUCAUAGUUGUUUUAAUAAAAAAAAAAAAACAAUAAUCAUCACUAUUAUGUAGUCCCAAUAGAUAAAAUCGAUAUGUAAUUGUGGUUUGAAGGAAAUGUUUAUAAACCUAGGUGGCUAGGUAUCUGCCAUGAUUAAAUCAAUUGUCAGAUAACUGUUACCAAUUUGAAAUUAACCAUGGUUAUAGCCAUUGUCCGUAAAAGUUCAAAGUAGCUAGUACAAGUAUUGAAACAUAUGUAUAAUAGUAUUGUUUUUUAGAGAGUAAGAUGACUCGUUAAGGUGCAGUACCACAUAACAAAAAAAUGGACAUACUUAGAUGUUAUGAAUAUAAACCCGACAAAAAUCUAUAAUCUAAUUAAUAUAUUUUUUCCUGGUAUAGGUAUAUUCUUGCAAACAAUAUUACGUCUGGUUUUGAUUUUGUGAAAGAUUUAACAAAUGAACUAUUUGAACAGCAUUUUUAUUUCAUAUUUUAGACCCUUUUUAUUCUACAGUACCAUAACUUUCGCUGUGAUAGUAUGUAAAAUACUUGUAUAAUGACAGAAAAGAAGAAAAGUGGGGUUAUAUUUGGAAAACCAAGAAAAUUGUUGGAAAAAUGGGAUUCAUUUUAGUUUUGGAAUUGGAAUAAUUGAAAUUUUACCAUAAUUUGACAUAUAUAUUUUUGACAAAGAAGCACUGUCAACUUAACUCCGCUCAGAAUCGUUUUUUCAUUAGAAAUGGUUUAUCGUUGCUUACAGGUGUACAUUAAAUUACUUAUAACAGUGGCUGCACCCGACCCCAUUAUCCUAGGACACGGCACACGUCUUUUUUACCUUUCUAUUAUUAUACACGUAUUGUACUUACUAUUCAGGGCCGUUCUUAGAACUCGCGAGGCCCUCCUAGUUUUCGCCAUUAACCUAAAUACUUAAAUAUAAAUAAAAAGUUGUAUUAUAAUUAUAAUUUGUUAUUUCUUUAUAAAUAAAGGAAAAAAAAGAACACAUUUUAUUAAACAUUAAUUUGAAUUAUUAUUUAAUAAUAUAUUAGUUAUUCAAUUUAUUAAUAUAUUUACAACGAAAAAAUUAGGAUUUACAAGUAUAAAAAUUUAAAUAAAAUUAUUUUUUCCUACUUUAGCUUUCGAUAAUGUUACGAUUAAAUCAUCAUAGUCCAUAUUUUCACAAAUUUCAUUUUCAAUUGAAAUGAUAGCGAGAUAAUAAAGUCUUUUUUGAACCACAGUGGUCCACAAAUAAUUUUUAAUAAUUUUUAGUUGCAAAAAACUUCUUUCGGCACUAGUUGUAGUUAUUGACAUUGUUAUCAUGAUUUCCCAGCUAUGGAAAUAUUUGGAAAAUAAUUACAAGUCAUAUUCAAAAUAUCAAGUCAUUCUAAUGAGCUUUUUUUUUUUCAUUUAAGGUGUGACAAAAUAUUUUUAUUUUAUUAAAUACGAUCAAUACGAAUUAUCAUAUAUUUCUUGGCUAUUAGUAUCUGUCGGUAAUAAUCUCACGACCGCUCGUUUUAAAUAAUUUACAAUUGCAAUCAGAGAAUAACUGCACGUAUAUGAUUACGCACAACCUAUAAGAAAUCAGAACUUUCGCAGUGAUAGUUUUUGUUUGACGCUAACUGUCAACUGGUAUUCUUCAUUUGUACGCGUGUUACGUGCCCACACGCUGUUAUAGAUAUACGUGAAUGAACCCGUAGUAAAUGCCGGGUUAAAUUGCGUGCGCACCGAAUUAUUCGAAAAGGGGGACCGCAACCAUAGCCGGGGGCCAAGAAACUUAUUAACUUUUCGCAUUAACCUUUCGACCGAACCAAAAUAAUGGCGAACCAAAGCAAUAGUAAAAUGUGUCUUUUUAAAAUUGUUAGAUUGUGCGUAACACAACGCAUUAGCGAUGACAUACAAAAUAAUAUAAAAAAUUUAUAAUAAACGAAAUAAUACGGAUAACCGCAACUAUGAACGACGGGUUGCGAGACUCCCUCCGAGCAUAUGCAACGAAACUCGUUGAAUAACUUUUCAAAUUUUUUCUUGCAAAUUUCAAAAACGUUCCAACAAGUCAAAAUAGAGAUUGUUUGAAUGUUGUUUUUAGUUUUUGUGAACUUAAUUAUGUUGGCUUCACGUAGGUUCUUUAAGUAAAAAUAACAUAUUAUACACUAUAAGGUAAUCUAAAGAUAAUGAAUAAUAGAUUCAAAUGCCAAUCGAAAAAGUCCAUAAAUUACCAAUAAUGUAAUUUAUUACUGUUUUCAGGUAACUGGAAGAUGGUAUGUAAUUGAAACCAUUCAUCACAAAUUAAUCAACGAUCAACGUCGUUCACUAUACCCCAGGGUAACCCUAUUGGAAUUGCUCUGGUGCCCUUAUAUAGACUUAUCGUAUGCUAACAAACACACUCUUGAGGACCUGAAACUUUUGUGGGAGGAAGAAAAAGGCAACAUUGAAUAUCGAUUCAAAAUCAAUGAUAUGGAUUCCCCCGGAACAUGGAUAUCGAGUGGAGCGCAAAAUGGUAAAUGUAAUAGAAAAGGGCUGGUGUAUUGCUGAAAAAUAUGCCACUGUUUAAGGAGGAAAGUUAGAAGGUAGAAUACAUAGAAUAAUAAAAUUAUAUUUGUACGCAACGAUGAACUGUUGCUAACGAAAAACAUUUCUGAACAGUGUAUUUUUUAAUUAUUAGUUAUAUUAUGUUUUCUUUGUUGAUAAGGUAAUUUACAAAUUAUCGAAAAUUAUACGAAAAAUUGUGAGUUUUCUCAUUUAUCAAAGUAAUUACAAUGAAAAAAAAACAAAUGGCUUCACAAUACACCAACUAAACUUAGGGGGGGGGGGUAUUAUUUUAACGAAAUAUAUAAAAUAUUAUGUUGAGGGUACGCCUAUAUCACAUGUGGUCUGUUACAGGUUCACUGGUAGAUGAGGGCUAUAAGCAAUUCGCGGGCACAGUGUUUGUUCGAAAAGCAGUCAACGACCACAUGUGGUUGCAAUUCUGUUCGCCCAACACUUAUCUCUACAGCGUGGUGUUGUCUCGGCAAAAAUGGCUGGAUCCGAAGGUGGUGACGAGCAUCAUAAAACUCAUGGAUAUCCAAAAUUUACCAAUCAUGUUGAGGACGCAGACGUGCAAAAGUUCUUCGUCGACCGCGCGGGCCACGAUCUGGCUCACGGUCGCGGUCACGGUUCUCUGCUUCCGCCUCUCGGACUUGACGUACAAAACCUACUGAACCGUCCUGGAAAAUCUCGGACCCGGGAUUGACGACGAGUCUUGACCGAGAAAUAAGAACGAAUACAGACACGAACACACACACACUCAAUAUAACACUAUAAAAUAUUUAGUUAAAUAGUGGCGUUAUUAGAAUAUCAUCAGGGGGAUCUGUGAGCAUUUAAAAAAAAUGAAUUCCUUUUUUAUAACUUAUGGGAAAAACAUAAAUACUAAAUUCCUGUUAUUCAUUCCAUACGGACGGAUAUAAAUCCGUCCACCGCACUGCUUACCUCGUCUAAUAACAAUUUGUAAUUUUUAUUGUCGCGGGGACGGCUGAUAUCUGCUGUUAUCGGAUUGGUCGAUUUAUUGCGAUUUUUACUUAAACUUAACGGGCGAACUGUACUCGAGUUAAAAAUAGAUAACGGUCCAUUUGUACUAAGGUAAAAAAAGUUUAACAUUUUUUUUUGAAAACAUUUAUACUCCUUUCAACUUACAGGUUUAUGGUUUUAGGCUCAUUGCCCAAUGGCGUGAUUAAAACAGUUUUUUUUAAAUAAAGUAAAAAUACCAAAACGAAAAAACUAGAAGUCUACUAAUUUAUAAAGAAACUAUAGUUUUUAACAACGUCAAUGGAUAAAUUGUAAGUGGGAAAGGAAUUUAAUAUUUUCAAAACUUUUAAAUCAAGUUUACUUUAUCGAACAUUUUUUGUCGAAAUAUAUUUCUUGGCUCGAGGGCAGUUCUAUAAUUAUCUUUUUUUUUUUUUAUCAACACAAUGUGCAAUUUUACUAAAAUAAGUGCAUUUUGCCCUUACCUAUUCUUUUAAACUAGCAGUUGCGUACCCGAAAAAAAUUUUAAAAUUCCCCUUUGUUAUCCAUUGCUGCUGGAUACACCACUUGGAGAGUACACCUUUAUUGCCAGAUAAAAAAUGCUAGAGUCUAUUUUAAAACGGACAUUCUUCUCUUACAGAAAUCUAGAACGAUGGUUUAGGGAAUUUGUUUGAACUUUCAAUUGAUCGCCCUGUACACCCGAAGGAAAUUUCAUAAAUCCUACACCAAUGUAUAAAUGUAAAUAGAUUUUUAAAUACCGGCGGACAUUACGCACGCAUCACUGCCUCCGCCGCAUUCGAAUCGUCCCUUUAGGCUUUAAUACCAUUGAAUUUCCGUUCUCGUCUGUACUUUUGCUUAAUUUGUCGGAUCUCCGGAAUAUAUAUUAUUAUUUUUUUAUAAAAAUAUAUUAUUAUUUUAUUAUUGUUUGAAUUUUAACGCGAACAAUUCAGUUUUGUUUAUACACGUCAUUAUUUAUGUAUUGUUUUAUACACUUACAAAUUAUAUACUAUUGCCCUAUGACUAUACUAAUACGCUAUUAGGUAUUACUAUAAUGUUUCAUCGAACCACUAUUAUAUUAAUAUUAAAUACUUACAGUACAACAAUAAAUGGCUGCACCACUUCGGGUUAUUUAAUUAUUUUUCGUCGUAUAUUAUAUUGUAUCAUACCUACAUAUCUUCUUUUUGAUCUCUUUCGCCUUCGUACCAGCUAACGGAGGUCAGCCACCCAAACUUCUAAACUUCCACCUGAUCCCAUCUCCUGCCAUCCUUGAAUGUCCUCGUAUUAUUCUCAAUCGAAUUCAACCAGCUCUUUUUCGGCCUUCCUCUUUUCACUCCUACGUUUAUUUUCAUUGACAUUUUUUACUGCUUCUGAUUCUCCUCUUUUCAUGACAAACCAUCUCAGACAAUUUUCUCUCAAUUUAUGUCUACUAUCGAAACCAAGUUUAUACUAUAUUUUAUGUACUCUUAUGUGUUCUUAUGUAUCUCUUGUGUACUUGUGUCUCGUUCCUUACCCUAUCUUCUUUUGUUACUCUAUUCAUCUAGCUCAAUAUUCUCAUUUCUGAUAUCCUCGUACAUUAUUUCCCUGUUCUAUUUGUCUAUCUACCUCCCAACACUCCGAAGUCCAUACUAUAGAACAUUUCCCCAUACUUUUUUAGAACUUAUUUUUAAGUCACAUUGGAAUUUUUACUAAAUAUAUUGAACUGUAUGUGUUUAAAAAUGAUUUUACUUUAUAGGUGUAAUUACUAAAUUUAGAUCAUCCUUAUUGAUACUAUAUAUAUAUAUUUUUUUUUUUUUUUUUUAUGUUAAUAUUGUUCUCAAAAAAAAAAAAUACAUACGAAUAUUAAUAUAUUUUAACAGUGUU